AUGGGAAACACCACUAACUCGAACAAUACAUGUUUUCUAGCUGCUACUGAUCAUGAUGAAUCAAGCAGUUCAACAGAACCACAACAGCAAUAUGUACAUAUACCUAUAUAUAACUCACGCAAUAACUCAGCGGUACCAUCAAUGUCCGGUGAACAAUCGAUACAAGAAGUAAAACUAUCGUUAAAAUCUAAAAUAUUUUUACUACUUAUCCCAAAUCUUUGGCUUGUUCUACUUAUUGAAAAUAAACUAUGUGCAACGUUUACUCCAAUAUUUUUUUUACCCACUAUUCUGUUAAUAUGGAAAUGGUGGAAAAUGCCUAGAGUCAACGCAGAGCUGGAUUUGAUAGUUCGAUUAUAUGCCAUCGGAUUUACAACUGGUUGUUUAGUAGUACUAAUAAUUGAAACAUUAUUAACUGGUAUUUUUGCUCGACUUUGCUUUAUUGAUCAAUGGGAGAACUAUAGGAACAGUACGGACCAAAGGAUACUAAACGCUAAUCGGACAUUUGGUUAUUAUACGUUUUUUGCACUAACAUCCUACAUUACGGCGAGUUUUGUGGAAGAAAGUUUGAAGUAUUGGGCAAUCAACAGUGUAACAAAGACAACAGCCAAUACGAGUGGAUAUCUAAUGUAUGCGUUAGCAGUAGCGCUGGGUUUUAGUACGAUAGAAAACAUUGGUUAUUUGUAUAAAGCGUCCUUAUCAACACAUAAAAUAUGGGAAAUUGCUGCUUUAGCAAUUUUUCGAGUAUGUAUCAGUACACCUGUUCAUGUGAUGAGUGGUUAUUUGAUUGGUAUAGGCAUCAUACGCAGAGAUUUAAAGCAAGAACCGAUAAAAAUAUGGCAAAUACUUUUUUUGCCAGUGUUCUAUCAUGGCACCUUUGAUGUUUUAUUAAUGAUACAUAGCUCGCUGAAAAAUGAUGAAUUAGGUGGUACUGCUGCAAGAUUGAUAGUAACCCUUAUAUCUGUGUUCGUUAUACUUACUACCGAGUUACUGACAAUACGAUAUCAACGCAAGAAAUAUGCAAUAAACGAUGGUGAUCUCAUCACAUUGAAACACUAUGACAAUGGUAUAUGCAAUGAUCAUCUGGUAUAG